AUGAGUAGCGCGAGUCCCUGCGACAAUGACUCUUCACCGGCCACAAGCCUAGCUCGCUUUGAGCAGUCGAUGGAGUCGAUCUAUGGCAGUUUCGCGGACAUCAAAAACCCAGAAGAAUGGACGCCACCUCCGAAAUCAGGCGGCCAUCGAGGACGAUAUCUCUGGACGGAUGCAUUCGGAGUCAUCAAUUUCAUCACUCUGCAUCGCGAAUGGACCAAAUCAUCAUCAAGCACCACCACCACCGGCAACAAAUACCUAACUCUAGCCCGCCGCCUCGUCGAAACCGUGCACGAUGUGCUGGGUCGCACGCGCGACGGUACAGCCCGUCUCCCCGGUGCGACAGACGAGAACCCGCUAGGUGGCGGCCUACGCAUCGGCAAAUUCGAUGAGACUGGAGUCGAUGGCGACGGCCAGUACCAUCACUAUCUCACAAUCUGGAUGUUUGCGCUCAACCGGCUGUCGCUCGCGACGGCUGAGCCAAAGUACAACAACCAGGCCGUUGCGCUGGCUCAGGCGAUUCAUCCUCGGUUUUUUGUUAAUCGUGAAUCAACUCGGCCGCGCAUGGUGUGGAAGAUGAGUAUGGACUUGUCCAUCUCGCUGGUCCCGUCGGAGGGCAAUCUAGAUCCCAUUGAUGGGUAUGUGGUGUGUCGUCUUUUGCAAGCCGCGGCAAUGGCUACGAAUGAUGGGCAGGAGCAGGUUUUGAAUGAAGAGAUUUCCGACUACAAGCGCGUUAUGGAGCGUAAAGGUGAGCAUUUUGUGUCGACCGACCCGCUGGAUCUGGGUAUGACGCUGUGGACUUCACACUGGUUUUCGGACCGGGAAAGCUGGGCUUCUAAACUGGCAGGGAAAUGCUUUCAACAAAUAUACGAGCUCUUUGAAAUCGACCGCUACCUCUCUCGCAACAUCAAAUACCGCCUGGCAUUCCGCGAGUUCGGCACCAGCUUAGGCAUCAAAUGCCACUCCGAGAAGUCGACGGACAAGGAGCGCGCCAUCGAUCUCGAGUCGUAUUCAGAUGCGGUUCUCUCCGCGUGGGAGCCAUAUAUGGAAAUCUCUCUGUCGCCCAAGGAGACUUCGCUGACUCCGGAAGACUUGCGUCCUAUUACUAGAGUCAUGUAUUCGUCGGCUUUGAUUCCGGGAGCAUUUCGUUCUGGCUACCUUGGACCGGAGCCAAAAACGAUUCCAUAA